AUGGCGCUCAUUUCAACCAGGACGAUUAUCACGUCCCUGUGCUUCUUCCACAUUACACUGGGCUUUUACUUCCUCACAAACCCCAGCACCAUCGCCGACCAGGGUCUGGUAUUCAUCCUCGGAGGCUCCAUGGGCAUGCCCUCCGACCGAAGCUUCGAAUCCCGCUCCGCGCCCUUGGCCUUCGUCGCCGCCCUCCUCAUCUUUAUGGGCAUCUCCGAUCUGAUGACCCUGAGCAUGCCUGAGGAGAUUAGCCUUCUUUACUACUGGGGCACCCAAGCUCCCCUCCGUCUCAGCAUCGCCCUCGGCUUCGUCUUCUACACGCUCAUUGCCGGCCCUUCCUCGCCGCUCUACCGAGAGGGCUCCAUGCGCGACGCCGUCCGAUCGCAUAACCCACACUACACGCCCUCCGCCUGGGGAGGCGAUGGGUGGAAGAACUCGGUUUUCUUCACGUUCAUGUUUGUCGAAAUGGUCAGCUGGUUCUGGGCAUGGGUGACGCUGCGGGAAGAGCGCACCGAGGUUGUCAAGAAGAGCUUGAAGCAGAGCAACAGCUCUCUGCGCAACAUGGAUUGA